AUGAGCAAGAAAUCUUCCAUGAACCAGAACUCAGCUUUAACCGGAAAUGAUUUAGUCGCAAGUUUUCAGGUAGCAGAUGCCUACAUAGCAUCCGAGGAUGCCUACUAUUUUCAACGAUCGCCGCAUGCAUUUGAUGCUGUAUUUCAGUAUUACGCGACCGGUGUUAUACAUAGGCCGCCGGAAAUUUGCCCUGCAGCCUUUUUGUCCGAGCUUGAAUUUUGGCGAAUUUCCUACCAACAUGUUGGUUCAUGCUGCGCUGACAUAGUGCCCAAAGAUCGAAUUGAUGAGAAGGACGAGGAAAAGGUUGAUAAUAAAACUUUCGACAAUCUGAUGUUUGGACACGUGAGGAGGCGGAUGUGGACAUUUUUAGAGAGGCCUGGCUCAUCGAUGCAAGCCAAAGCAUUUGAAUUGUCUUCAACUUUAUUUGUUGCUAUUUCUGUAAUGGGUUUAAGCUUUGGGACUAUUCCAGACUUUCAGGUGACGCAUUAUUUGCCGGCUCACAAUGAGACAGUACUAUUGCCGAAUGGUACGGUAACUGUGAUUGAAAAAGUUGAAGAAAUGCGGGUCGAGCAUCCUGGCUUCGUUUUCACCGAACGCAUUUGUAUAGCAUUUUUUACUGUGGAAUACUGUCUGCGAUUAUUCGCUGCUCCAAAGAAAUUUCGUUUCGCACUCAAACCUCUCAAUUUGGUGGAUCUGAUGGCGAUUGUGCCCUUCUACCUGGAGCUACUUCUCACGCUGUGUGGUGUUGACGACAAGAAGCUGCGCGACCUCCGAUGGGCCUUCCUCGUGGUGCGCAUAUUACGGGUGCUACGGGUAAUACGGAUUAUCAAACUUGGCAGAUUCAGCUCCGGGUUGCAAACAUUUGGAAUGACGCUACAGAGGAGUCAGAAACAGCUCCAGAUGAUGACUAUCGUAUUGCUCACUGGUGUCGUCUUUUUCUCCACAAUGAUUUAUUUUUUGGAGAAGGAUGAAGAAGGAACUCCGUUCACCAGUAUUCCCGCGGCCUAUUGGUGGUGUAUGUUUUGGCAUAUCUUACAAAUUCGGAAACACUUAUGUUCACAUACCCACAAACACAUACACACACACACACGUUUGAGUGCCUAA